AUGCGCGCGGGUUGCCACAUAUCUCUGACAAAAGAAAUUAUAUCGAGGAGAGCAGUGGUCAAUGUGCGAUCUAAUGACAACGCGUGUUUCGGCUGGGCGGUGGUUGCGGCUCUUCACCCUGCAGCGAAAUAUAGUGAGCGCCCAUCAUCAUAUCCUCACUAUUCUACGAACUUGAAUCUUGCGGGUAUAAACUUCCCCAUGAGUCUAGAUCAGAUAAAAAAAUUCGAGAAUCUCAAUGACAUCUCAAUAAAUGUAUACAGUGCACCAAAUAAUGUGGUUCAACCUAUUCGCUUGAGCAAGCAGAAAAAGGCGAAACAUAUUAAUUUACUGUAUAUAGAAGAUGUGAUGGAUGUAAAUAUGGGACACUUCGCAUGGAUUAAAAAUCUAUCGAUGUUGGUCAGCAAGCAGCUGAGUGCUCACAAUGGCCGAAAAUACAUCUGUGAUCGAUGCCUUCACUAUUUUUCAUCUCAUGAGAAGCUCCAAUCACAUGAGGUGGACUGUGACCUCGAGUGCAUUUUGAGAAAAACCACGGCUGAAGAUAUGGAGAAUAAUAAAUUUCAACAGCAUCAAGUCUUCAGCGUGGGAUACUACGUCAACUGCUCGUAUGACGAAUCAUUGUCGGGGUAUCACACACAUCGGGGUGAGGACUGCGUUCAAUGGUUCGUACGAAAAUUGGAACAAUUGGCGAAACAGGUGGCAACCAUCUUAUACACUGUAAUUCCGAUGAAAGAAUUGACUCCUCAAGAAUGGCGAAAAUUCCGAGAAAAUAAGGAAUGUCACAUCUGUGAGAAAUCAUUCGUAGAGAGUGAUGUUCGAGUACGCGAUCAUUGUCAUUUGACAGUUUUUCACAAUUUGUCGGGCUAUGAUGCUCAUUUUAUUAUAAAAGAAGUAGCUACGGCGUUCGAGGGGAAAACCGAUUUACUGCCCAUAACGAAAGAAAAAUUUCUGAACACAAGUCUUGAUAAAUUAGCAUCUUUCCUAACUCCCGAUCAACUCACGGUUUUAAAAUCUGAAUUCCGAGAUACCGAUAAUUUCAAUCUGUUAACGCGAAAAGGUGUAUUCCCAUACGAGUACAUCGAUAGUUUUGACAGACUGGAGGAAACGGCACUUCCACCGCGAGAAUCAUUCUAUAGUUCUUUAACCAAUUCAACGGUAUCGGAAAAUGAGUAUGCUCAUGCUUUGACCGUUUGGGAGCGGUUUUCCACUCAAACGCUUGGAGAAUACAAUAUUGACAUGGUCUUAUUUGUCGAAAGAGGCAUUCGUGGGGGUUUAAGUCAAUGCAGUGGUAGGUAUGCACGCGCUAAUAAUAAAUACAUGCCAUCGUAUGACCCAUCAGAACCAUCGGCGUAUUUAAUGUAUUAUGAUGUUAAUAACUUAUAUGGCUGGGCAAUGAGUCAAUCUUUACCCUACGAUCAGUUUGAGUUUGUUGAAAAUAUUGAGAAUUUCGAUGUAGCAUCGAUUCCAUUGAAUGGUACACAUGGUUAUCUGCUGGAGGUUGAUUUAGAAUAUCCAGAAGACCUCCAUGAUAUCCAUAGUGAUUUACCAUUCUGUCCAUCCCAUGAAAAACCUCCGGGUAAACAACAAGAGAAGCUCAUUGCGCAAUCAUCAUGGCUUCAGAAAUAUAUCGACCUGAAUACCCAGUUUCGAACAAAUGCGAAGAAUGAGUUCGAAAAAAAUCUGUUUAAACUAAUGAACAAUGCUGUUUUUGGGAAAACGAUGGAAGAUGUUCGAAGUCAUGUGCAGGUGAAGCUUUUGACGGAAUGGGCAGGAAGAUAUGGUGCCGAAGCCAUGAUUGCAAAGCCCAACUUUCAUAGCCGCAGAAACAAAAAUAGCGCCGACGACAAGCGGUACAUUAUUCCUGGCACAGUAAAUACUUUGCCAUGGGGUCACCGUGACAUACCGUAA